CAAACAGCUACCGGUUUCACAGAGCCAGAGCUACCUCCAAACGCAACCAAACGAAAAAAAAAACUCAAAAAAUUUGGAAAUCGGCAGCUGAAUGACCAUUUCCAUCAAACAUACCGUCAAAAAGAUGGUUUUUUAUGGCUCUGGAUUAAACCCUAGACGGAAAUUGAAAUUCCGCCUCCUUUGCUUUCCUCCCCCUCCGACGACGAAAUGGGAGGAAUGUCGUCAUGUUUCGCUAAGAAGAAUCCCGCCAUGGAAUCGGAGACCAGCAAGGGGUGGGUGAAUUUGCAGAGCGGGAUGAAGGUGGAUGAAUCGCUGAUUCAGGAGGCGGCUGUAUUGCUGCUUCAGCAGCGGGAGAACAACAGUAUAGAGGCUUCGCAGGUGUUCGAUCGGUCUUUUUCGGCGAAAUCACCAUUGAUGGGUAAGAAGAAACAGCAGGGGCUGCCGAGGAAUGCCAGUUCUAGGGCUAGGUCGAUCACCGACCCCGAUAUUCCGCUGCAGGAUCUUUUGAAUCGGGAAAGAGGAGUGGAUGAUUUAGAAACAAAGAAGGUUGUUCUUGUGCAUGGAGGUGGUUUUGGUGCAUGGUGCUGGUAUAAGACUAUGUCGCUUUUGGCGGACGCCUCGCUUUUGGGGGAUGCUGGAUUUGAGGUCACUGCAAUAAACCUUGCUGGAUCUGUAACUCAUUCCGUCGAUGCUAACAACAUUACAAGUCUUUCCGAAUACUUAAAUCCAUUGAUUACUUUCCUUGAAAAGCUUGGUGAUACAGAGAAGGUGAUCCUAGUUGGGCAUGACUUUGGUGGUACAUGCAUCUCAUAUGCCAUGGAAGCAUUUCCGGCGAAGAUUGCCAAAUCUGUCUUUCUUGCUGCCUUUAUGCUGAAAAAUGGCCAAAGAACCGUUGAGAACUCUACAAAUGAACUGAUGCAACAAGCUCAAAUCUUUUUGUAUGCAAAUGGAAAAGAUCAAACUCCUACAGCUAUUAGCCUCGAGACAUCAUUAUUAAAUGAUCUUCUGUUUAAUCAAAGCCCUACGAAGGAUAUCGCUCUGGCUUCAGUUUCUAUGAGGCCCAUCCCUUUUGCACCAAUACUAGAAGAACUCCAGCUUACAGAUAACAACUACGGCUCAGUCAGGAGAUUUUACAUCGAGGCUACUGAAGACAAUGCGCUGCCUCUUCCCCUGCAACAAAGACUGUGCGAAUCCAACCCCCCGGAGAAGGUUUUUAGGCUUAAAGGCUCCGAUCACUCCCCAUUCUUUUCCAAGCCUCAAGCUCUGCACAAGAUCUUGCUGGAGAUUGCAGCUAUUUCUCCUAACCAGAACUUGAAAAAUCUGUAAAGCUUUUGCUCAUAAGAAUUUGAAACUCAUCGGACUCAAAAAAAUGUUUUGAUUCUUAGAGGUUGAUUCUGGCGACAUUUAUUUUCCAAUGAAAAUCAUUUCAAAGAUGUUGACAUAAAAUUUG